AGGCUUCGCACUGGAGUUCUCAGAGAUCUUGAGCGUCAAAAACAGAAAAAGGAGAACAUUCGCCUGCUGGAAGAGCAGAUUGCUUUGACAAAGCAGCUUGUGGAAGAAAGAGACAAGGUGCUAAUGGAAGAAGGGUCCCAGCAGCCUUAG